UCUUAUGCGGACUCCUCCUCCUCUUCCCCCUCUCGAGUGCGCUGUGCUCAUGAAUUUAUGUAUAAAUAUCACCCUAAUGACCCACCCAUCCUCCCAUCUCCCCAGGCCACAGUUUGCUAGCUCGGCAGGAAGGAAUCAUGAAGCAUACCUCUCGCUUCCAUGUGCUUCUUCCCCUCCUCCUCCUCGUCAUCAUCCUCUCCGUCCACACAACAAGAGCUUCUCGUCUCCUCCAACAGCCAGAACCUGGACGACAAGAUGUGAGGGUUGAUGAUCUUCCACUACCGGGUGAUGCAGCAGAGAUGGAGGAAAAAUAUUCCCGGCAGGAGUGUCAGGAAGAAGAUGAGGAAUGUUUGAAGAGGAGGAUGAUCUCUGAGGCCCAUUUGGACUACAUCUACACGCAGCACCAUAAGCCAUAGAAGAAGGGGAAACAAGUAGGGAAGCGAGCACGCAUCUCAACUUGAACAAACCACCGAUGAUCGGUUCUUACAAGGCUGUUGUCAUGAGUAUCUAGUAUAUAUCAAAUAUUUCUCACCAAACCCUAUGAUAUGAUAACCUGGAACGGGCUUAUAAUAGUAUGGAGUAUGUUUUGCGGCCAUGUUGCCAAGUAUUGUAAGUGGGAAUGAUAUGAACCGAAACUACCUUAGCAUGCAACUACUAUAUAUUUUCUCCUUCUCCA